AUGAAAUUAUUUAAGAAACGGCAGACGAAAGUCAAGUCCUUUUUCCGCAGCGAGGACAUGGACUUGUGCCAACUGCUGCUGCACACGGAAAACGCCUUCGAUUGCCUCAUUGAGCUGGGUCACCAUGGAGCUGUGCAAUUCAACAAUGUCUACGAUGAGGAUCGCUUGCUGAACCACCUCUACACCAAAAAAGUGGCGCACUGCUAUGAGUUGCUGCGUAUCGUGGACAAUCUGCACGCUCAGAUCGUCCAGUUGCAUGUGAACGAGGUAUUCUAUCCGGAUGUGGACCGCGAGAAUCGGCUGAAGGAGAAGGACCUGGCCAAGUAUAGGGAUAGCCUGAAACGCAUCCAUGUGGAGGCCAGCGCCGUGACGGAGCACUACUUCCGACUGGACAGUCGCCGAAGUCGCAUGAUCGAGCACUGCUUCGCUUUAAACAAGGCCAACAAGUAUAUGAUAUCCGACAUGGGCAGUGAACUGCUCUAUUCGGAGAGCACAGUAAUGAGUUUGGUGCAGGAUGCCACGACCAGCUCUGGAGCCUAUCAGUCACAUCUGAACUAUAUGAUCGGCUGCAUCCGGGCUGAUAAGUUCUAUAGCUUCGAGCUGCUGCUCUACCGCUUGUGCUCCUUCAACCUGAUCAUUCGAUUCUCCGAAAUUUCUACUCCGGUCUACGAAUAUCAUUAUGGCCAUAAGCCGGAAAGGGUACGAAAGUUUGCCAUUCUCAUGAUGGCCAGUUCGACGAUAAUCUGGCCCAAGGUGCUUAAGAUAUGCGCUCACUAUCAUGUCAACAUCUACGAUUGCCCCAGUUCGGCAAGGCAGCGGGAGGAAAAGGUCAGGGAGUUGAGACAGGAGAUAGUGAACGUGGAGAAGGUGCUCCAGGAGGCCGAGCUGAUGCGCCGCCAGAUCCUGGAGGUUGCUGGCCAGGAUCUAUUCAUUGUACGUGUGAAUCUGCGCAAGGCGCUGAAGGUGUACGAUCUGAUGAAUCGCCUGAGAUUGGUGGGCGGAGUAGAGGUACCUCGGUAUCUUUUGGCCGAGGUGUAUAUACCAUCGUCUGAUGUCCCCGAUGUGAGGACAAUCCUACGAAAUGCCUCCCGAAUAAGUGGGGGCGCAGAUGACGACGAUGACGACGAUGAUUCAUCGGAUGAAAACAUCGAGAAGGCAAACGAUGCAGAGUCCCCCGAAGAUAAAAAAGCAAUUCCUAAUGUUACGUCCUAUUCCAAUGAUGCGGAUUUCCAGCCAGGCGAGGAUAUGAGUGCUCGAGCCAUACUGAUUAAGAAAAACAGACUGGUCAAUCAUAUGCCACCAACGUACUUUCGGCUGAACCAGUUCACCAGGGGAUUCCAGAACCUAAUAGACGCCUAUGGGAUGGCCGAUUACAAGGAGCUGAAUCCCGCUCCGUACACCAUCAUCACAUUUCCCUUCCUGUUCGCCGUUAUGUUUGGUGACCUGGGUCAUGGCAUUCUGCUAAUUUUUUUCUCGCUAAUCAUGAUUUGGAAGCACAGGCAGAUUGAAAAGUAUCAGAUUGCUUCGACCUCGGAGAACGAGAUCCUGAAUAUCCUAUUUGCGGGACGCUACAUAAUCUUACUUAUGGGCAUAUUUUCCGUCUACAUGGGCAUCAUCUACAACAUAGUCGUGGCCAAGAGCUUCAAUCUUUUCGAUUCCAGCUGGAGCUGCCGAUACAAUGAGACAACUGUGUAUGAUCCCGCUUUUCAUGUGACCCUAGACUCUUCGCAUCCGCACUUCUACUCUGGCCAUCCGUAUCCUGUGGGAAUGGAUCCAGUGUGGGCCGUCUGCGGCCAGGACUCGAUAACCACCACUAACUCGUUGAAAAUGAAGAUGGCCAUUGUCCUGGGUAUUACACAAAUGAUGUUUGGACUAGGCCUAGCUGCCGCCAAUUGCGUGCUGAUGAAUAGAAAAUCAGAUCUCGUUCUGGUUGUCAUUCCGCAGAUGAUCUUCAUGAUGUGCCUCUUCGGCUACCUUGUCUUCCUGAUCUUCUACAAGUGGCUGGCCUUCGGGGGCCACAAGCCGGCGCCCUACAACUCUGCGUGUGCCCCCUCCGUGCUGAUCACCUUCAUCAACAUGAUGCUGAUGAAAAGUGAGGAUACGGCGACGGACUGCCUGGCUGAUAUGUAUCCUAACGAGCGGAUGGUGGAGUUCGCCUUAGUAGCAACAGCCUUUUGUACGAUACCCAUUUUAUUGGCCGGCAAACCGAUAUAUCUUAUGCGGCGUCGCAGGAAGAUGGAACAGGAACGGGAACGGGACUUCAAGAGGAUGCGCCGCCAGACGAUUGCGGAAAUGCGAUCCACCAUGCGGUACACCGAUGAUGAUUCCAGCGAGGCCAGCAGGCAGAAGGGCAACGAGGAGGAGCACGAGACGUCCGAGAUUUGGAUUCACUCUGGAAUCCAUACGAUCGAAACGGUCCUGGGCUCGGUCUCCCAUACAGCCUCCUACCUUCGAUUGUGGGCCCUCUCGUUGGCCCACGAUCAGCUGUCCGAUGUGCUGUGGCACAUGGUUCUGACCAAGGGAUUCGCCAACACUCUGCCACUGUACUAUGGCGUGCCCGUGCUCAUGGCCGCUUUCUUCGCCUGGGCCAUUCUCACAGUGGCCAUUCUGGUAAUGAUGGAGGGACUGAGUGCCUUCCUGCACACCCUGCGGCUCCACUGGGUGGAGUUCCAGUCGAAGUUCUUCGGCGGAACCGGCGAGUCGUUCAAGGCGUUCAGUUUUCCGCCCUCAAACCAGAGGAGUUAGUUUUUUUCUUAUAGUUUAUAAA